AUGUCUCCAAACGGCCCAGAAGGCGUCCCCAAAGCCAUCGUCAAUUUUCAGGUCACUACACUCACCGGCGCUACGAUCUACGUCCAGGGCACCUACGAUAAGCGGCAGGAGAAUGCGCGACGCAAGGCACGGGAGCAAGAAGACCGCGAAGGAAAUGACGCACGCCGACGCGCGAUGGGGGAUAUUGAUGACGAUGCGAGUCUGAUGGGGGGUCGGGAGGCUGAGGAGGGAAGUAGGCGUCGACAGUAG